UUUUCAGUAUGAAUAAUAAUGGGAAGUGACUAUUCCGAAGCUUCGAGCUCUUCAUCACCGGAGAUGUUUGCUCUAAAUCUAACUGGUCAGAAGGCUUGCGUAGUGUGCAAGCGACCAGCGAAUUGUUAUAAUUUUGGGGUAAUGUCUUGUGAUGCUUGUAAAAUGUUCUUCCGGCGAACCAUGUUAUUGAACGUUCAGUAUGUGUGCAGAAGGAAAAACCAGUGUUUUGAUGAUAGCUUCUCCUGUCUUAAAACUCCAUAUUGUCGAGCUUGCCGUCUCGUACAAUGUGUGAAAGUUGGGAUGAAGCUCAACCUCUCCGCAAUGCUAGAAGUCAAAAAUCAGAAGGAUGACGCUGUGGCGACACUUAUCGAAAGCCUACUCUACCAGGACGCGAGGCGUGAGAAAAAUUUAAUGACACAUUUCACAUAUGAAAAUCCAACGUUAGAGGAUAUCAUCGAAAGUCGUCAGUUGACACUUGUAGUCAGGGAUCCCAGCCACGAGAUGACAAGUUCGGAUUGGUGCUUCUUUGGAGCAUAUACUGCUGUGAAGUUUUUGCUUGGACUCGGUUUUAUGAAGAAGCUGAGCACUAGAGAUAAGUCUCUUCUCCUCGCCAACUAUUCUGCCAAGGCUACCCUGUUGUUCAGUGCAAUUCGAACUAUGCGAGCCAAAAACGAUAAAAUGAUAAAGCCCGAUGGAAAAGAUUUUUUCGUGGAAUUUUUGUCCCAAUGGUCCGACUUCUCACUCCACUACACAAACCGUAUCAGAAGCCUGCUAGUUAACAGGCUUAUCGAGCUGAACAUCACUAAUGAGGAGUUUAUUUUGAUUACAGUAUUGUUCUUUUGUAAUCCUGCUCUCGACGACCUCUCCGAAAGCGCAGUAGCCGUGCUCACAGAGCAACAAAAAGCCUAUGGCUCCGCGCUCAUGCAAUAUUGUAAGCUCUCCUAUCAGCAUAAUGGAUCGUCUCGUUUCACGGAACUUCUCUCACUGUGCACAGUUACCAACAAGUAUUAUGAAGACGUACAAUAUCUCUACUGGAUUUUUCAAUUUCAUUUUCAUGUCAAGUACAAAAAUCUGGUUUCUGUUAUAAUUUAAAUUUUUUUUACCGUUGAACUUUAAUGUUUUUUCUGAUCUCAAAAUAUUGCUUGUAAUUUUUUCCACUCUUUCUCAUAAAAAUCAUUAUUAAAUGUGAGUUUCUGAGCUUCAAACAUAAUUUCUAAAAAAUUAAUAAAAUUUUUUUUGAAC